GCAAAAAUUCAAAGUGAUAAAGACGUCCAAUUCAAAAUCAAAUUCUAGUAAAUCUUCAAACCCCUAAUAAUAAUACCCAAAAAAUUUCCCCGCCAACACCACCCACCCAUAUGGCACUUUCUGCCCCGCCACCACCGCUAGAUCCUCCGUCAACCACCACAACAACCACCAUAACCACUAGCACCAUAAGACCAAUUAUCCCAAACCCUAUAAGACCACCCACCCCUCAACCUCAACCUCACCCUUUUUCCCUCCAAUCUUCUCACUACCCACCUACCCAAACCCAACCACCCCAACGCCUACCACCCCCCUCCAAUCCUAAUUACUCUCAAUUAGUACCAAAACCUCCUAAUAAUCCCGACCCACCACAUCAUCUUCAAGGCUUUCUCUACCCAGUUGCUUCCUCCGGCCGCGGUUUUUUACCCAAACCUAGUACUAGUAAUUACCCCAAUCGCCCAGUUGUUGGCUCUCGACCACCUUUUGGGCUCAAUCAUAUGGAUCUGGGUUCGGUUCAGACCGCUGGUGCGGGUGUUAGACCGACCCAUUUGCAACACACCCUUGUUGGGUCGUCUCCUACUGCCAAUUCAGCUGUAAUUAAUGGAUUUCCAGUUGUCACUUCUUCUUCGCAUCCUAAGAUUGCUCCUACUCAGCCUUCCAUUUCAGAUUGCAAUGGCUUCAGAGAGGGGAGGGAAAGAAGUAAGGAUGACACCUUUGCUAUAAUCAGAGACAGAAAGGUAAGUGUCUAUCUUGUCGUUUAUUUUGAUUUAUGAAAUUACUUGCCGUGUUUGUUGUUGUUGAUGUCUGACAUGACCCUCAUUUUUUUCGAUGGCGGUGAUGUCCGAGCCAUCUUGCACGCACCUUGACUAUUCCAUCGGGCAUUUGCUACCUCCCACUAGCACAAGUACUGGUAACUUUGCCACCAAGGCUAGGGCAGAUGAGAAGAUAUCACCUACUAUUUUUUGCCUCCGCUUGAAUUUGAACUUGAGAUCUCAUGGUUCUCCACCCACUUCAUUGACUACUAGGCCACACCCUUGGAUUUUUGACAGAUGGAAGUCAUUAAAAUUAUUUCCCAUCCUAAAAAAUAAGUAGAAAAGGAAAAAAACGUGUUAGAGUUUGACUAUCUGGCGACUAUUUUAUCACCUCUCUUUCAUGCAGUUGUGAAUAUAACUGUUACUCGAAUUCUCUAAAUAUGUUUCCGAAUAUGUGUCUGAUCCUCCAAAGUAGUGCAUUUUUGGAUGAUCUGCGAGGGUACGACAUCAUUUAUGGAGAGCCGCACAACAUACUAUAUAAUGCGAUGCCUAGCUUCUAAAAACGUUAUGGAAAAGGCCCUCAAUAAUGACAUUGUUUUGGCAUCCUUUCAAUCAUCACACUUCUUUGUAAUCCAGCGGAGGUGCAACCAAAUAAAAUUUAGUUGUGAAUAAUGUUAGUAUUGGGGAUCGGGCCUCAAGAGUGUGACCUAGUGGUCAAUCAAGUAGAUUGAGAACCAUGAAGUCUCAGGUUCAAAUUCCAGCGAUGGCAAAAACACUAGGUGAUUUCUUCUUAUCUAUCCAAG